AUGAAUCGGUCCACAAAAGGAGCAUCGAAGGCUCGGAGGGACCAAAUCAACGCAGAGAUUCGGAACCUGAAGGAACUGUUGCCCAUCUCCGAUACGGACAAAGCUCGACUCUCCUACCUACACAUCAUGUCACUUGCCUGCAUGUACACCAGAAAGUCUGUAUUCUUCGCUCAAGGUAGGUUCACAUUAAGUGUGAUUAGGCUAAUAGAGAAAGCUUGCUUUUGCUCUUGUGGUUUUUGUCACCAGGUGCACUUCAGUUUAACUUGCAUGUUUGACAACUACUGCAGCAUAUCAUGCACUGUAAUUUAGAAGUUGAUCUAUUAUUUUAUUAUUUGGCUAUAGUUCGAUUUUUUACAUAAUGACCCUACAAGUCUUUCGCUGUCCAACGUGCUGAAUGUGUUUGGCGCUGUCCAUGGUAGUCUGUUGCAGUGAGUAAAGAGUGCUCGUGACUCCAACCUGUUUGAGGCGUAAUAUUUUAGUAUGAACACCAUCCCCAUUGAAUCAAAUGCAAAUACUAGAAUGUCUUCUGUGCUUUUUUGUCUCAUUGAAGAUAUUCACAACUAAUGUUAGACCUCUUCUUUUCGCUGCCAAAAACAGACGCUCUUCAAGACGAGACCAUGGACUUUCAUGUAUUUUCACGAGCUUUCGGGGUUGAUGCACGAAUUGUCAGGUUUCAUGCUACUCCUAACAAGCGACGGAAAACUUCUGUAUCUAUCAGACAACGUCGCCGACAACCUCGGACAUUGUAUGGUGAGUAGCCUAAGCUACAAACUGGUGGCUGUUGUUACUUUGACAUACCAUACACUGAAAGUAUUUGUAUAUAAGCCUAUAAAAGUCUCAUUCAAUGUCACUCAACUUGGUUUUCUCAUUCAGGUGGACCUGGUUGCCCAGAGUGACAGUGUGUAUGAUAUCAUCCAUCCUAUGGACCACUUUAUCAUGAGGAGCAACAUUGCAGGUCUACCAAUAACCACUACUGAUACAGGUAGACAUCUCUCAUUACUGUGCUGACUUUCAUUACUCAAAUGUAUACCCGUUCUUAUAAUUACAACAGAUUACAUCAAUCUACAUCAAUUUACAUCUCUGUUUUGUCCUCCUCCAGACAGGUUAUUUCGAUGUCGCUUCAAUACUACAAAGUUCAUCCAGCGGCAAGGUGCAAGGAACAAGUUGAUGCUGGUCAGAGCUCGCUGCCUCACCCCACCUUGCCCUGUCUCUAAUUACUGGACCUCCAACCCAGUAUGGGUGUGUUUCUGUACCCCUCUGAAGACAAAAAUGUCUAACCUCACAAUCGCCAAGAGUGCCCCCCUUAACCCACCCCCUGAGCACACCUCCCUGCUAGCUUGUUUCCACUCUCAACACCACAGGGACAUGAGGCUUUGGGGCGCGCAGGACAGGUAAGAAUGAGCCUGGUUCAUUCUAACACUUUUAAUUGAGUAUAGGCAUGAGAACAGGGGGUAUGUUAUCAACUCUGUCUUCCCUUUUCCCUCCAGUGUGAGUGUGUACCUGGGCUAUGAUGUGGAGUCUCUACGCUCUCGCUCCUGGUACAGCCUGGUUCAUCCCAGGGAUCUCUCCCAUGCCUCUGAACAGCACCAUAUCCUAUGUGAGUACACCCACAAUAACACAACUACUCAACCAGACUAUGGCACCACAGCCACUUAAAAUACACUCCAACACAACCAAUAAUAGAAACACAUGAGGAAGACAGACCAGUGAGCAGAUGUGAACAUGGGAAUGUGUCUGUCUCUGCAGUAAAUGAAGGAGGGGAGCGGCAGGUGGAGAUGGUAUUGCAGGUGGAAGCAGCAGACCACUCCUGGGUCUGGCUCUAUAUGGUCCUCCAGCUGAACAACGGAGAACACCCCAUCAGCUGCCACAACUACAUCAUCAGGUACCACAGCUACACUUGUCAUAUGCCAUUUGUUUAAUCUCCAACCUUUAAUAAUAGCCUCUAUACAAUAUCUGUGAGAUCCAAAUAAUGAUUGUCUCUUUUCCUCUGUCUCUCUUUCUCUCUCUCUCAGUGAGUCAGAGGCGUGGUCAAUACGCCAGCAGCUGUGUUUGGAGCAGAACCAGUUCCCUGGGUAUUUGGGUUCUGGUGAGAGCCUGUCCAGUCCAGACCAGGUCUUCACCCCCAGCAGCAGUGGCCUGUCUGCCCACUCCUUAGACUUCAGCACUGCCAUGUCUGGUGUGAGCGCUUGUGAGGAGCCCAUGCAGCCAGUUGGUUAUGGUCCUCAGUCCAGCCUGUCAUCUCUGGAUGAGGAGAACUUCCCCGAGACACAUGGAGGACAACACCAGUGGAAACCAAAGUCCAGCCAUCUCUCUGUUGGACCAACCACUGUGGACCCUCCUGCCUCACUGACUGACCCGGAGUCUGAUAUUCUGUCUCAGAGAAUAACCUCUCAAUCCCUAACCAAUAUUUCAGACCCCCUCCCCUCCUCCCUCACCAAGCCCCUUGACCCUCUUACUAUGCCCCACCCUCAACAGAUGGGGGAGUUUGCAUGCACUCCCCCGUAUACCCCUCAUCUUGUAAGUGGCGGUUUUCCUUUUGGGGAGCAACUGCAACUCAAUUUAGUUCACAUCAAUGCUGCUGUGUCAUGCCCAAUUAUUGCCUCAGCACACAGAGCACCAGCCUUCUCCCAGGCUUUCUCCUCUGAUCAUCCUGAGCUGUUGUUCCCAGCAGAGCCCCAUAGAAAGCUGCCCCCCACCACCAAUAGUUUUGGGGGAGAUGAAUGCUCCAUCAUGGGCCUGCCACAGAUUAUGGGGCCCUUGUAUGUGGAUAUUCCCCACAGGCCCUUCCAUGGCCCUCUGAAUGAGCUCCUCCUUACCCCAGAGGCAUCACCCACACACCCGCCCUGCUCCUUCCUCUCCAUAGAUAGAGAGCAGGAGAGAGAGAAUGAGGACAUUUCUCUCUUGGCUAAAUAUAUUAGCUCUUUAGCUGAGGGAUUUUGCUGUGACCCGCUUCUCCCCAGAGUGACCCCAUCCACCUUGACUUCACCCGGCCUUCAGGCCACAUCCCAGAGUUCCUCUCCUCCUUGUGGAGGUGAGUGCCAGCCAUGGAGGGGGCUAGACCCGCCCCUAAGCCGAGAGGAUAUCUCUCUGUAUGAGGAGAGUCUGUUACUCGAGAGCCUAAUUGAGGAGCUCUCAUCUUUCCCUUUGACCCGCUCUUCAUGUUCCUCUUCUCCCUCUUCCCCCUCAUCCUCCUCUUUUAACUCCUCCUCCUCUUGCUCGCCACUCACUUCAGUGAGCAGAUGUAACCCCAGCCUCAUCGAGGGUGAAUCUUCAAUCGGUGUAAGACAUUUCUGUAGCGUCCAAUCGACGCAGUGUAACUGCAUGGCAGUGGGUGGAGCUAUGAUGGUCAUCAGGGUGAUGGAUAUGGAGGUGUCAGAGGGGCCUCCAUCGUCGCUACCAUCAUCAGCCAUCGCUCUCACAGCCUUCCAGGAGUGUGCCUCUGCCUUGGUCCAUCCGGCCCCCACCAUUAGUUUGCCCCAUGCCCAGUCCCUUCUGGAGGAACUGGGGGCCAUGGAACCUCUGUUUGAUGCAGAUGCCUCUUCCACCCCGUGUUGGGGUAACAACCUGAGUUGUAUCAACUCCCACUCAACCAUGCAUUCACAAAGCUUUCACCAAGGUAAGGGGCCAUUUUUGUCAUGCUCAUAUGUUAAUAUAAGACAGCAGGCUAUAUUACCACUGGCACAUAAAAAAAAUGUAUUUGUCUCAUCAAUUAUUUCCAUUUUACAGUAUAAGAUGCAUGAGACUACUAAGAAUUCAGUGUGUAUAAUACUGGUUGCGGAACUAAAUUAACUAACUCUUCUCUGUUGUUUUCUUUCAUUUCAGAUGGAAGCCUGCGUGACCCUACGUUUUAA